UCUAUCAUAAACCAGUUUGGAGGAAAAAAAGAGCUAAGAAGGUCCUCAUGUGCGGGCCACCUACAGAGCCGCAAAAGCAAGACUUCUCUGUGCACACUUUGGCGGGAGAAGCAUCUGUUGCUGCUGCGUCUGGAGCCGCGCUUCCACUGCUGGACUGGACCUGCUUUGGGUUGCUGGGAAAUGAUGGCCGCUUACCCAAACCCGGACAAUGACUCUAUAGCAUUAAUGAUCCACGAUACCAACGCCAAGGAGAAGGAGAUGCCAAAAGAGGAGCCGGUGCAGGACAAAGUUGCCGAGAAGCCGGAUCCGUCUCAGAAGCCUCCUUACUCGUACGUAGCUCUCAUCGCCAUGGCCAUCCGGGAGAGCUCCGAGAAGCGCCUCACCCUGUCCGGUAUUUAUCAGUACAUUAUCACCAAGUUCCCCUUCUAUGAGAAGAACAAAAAGGGCUGGCAGAACAGCAUCCGGCACAACCUGAGUCUCAACGAAUGCUUCAUUAAGGUUCCGCGGGAGGGUGGCGGAGAGCGAAAGGGGAAUUACUGGACUCUUGACCCGGCUUGUGAGGACAUGUUCGAGAAGGGUAACUAUCGGAGGCGCCGCCGAAUGAAGCGGCCGUUCAGGCCCCCACCCACGCACUUCCAGCCUGGGAAGUCCUUAUUCGGAGGGGACGGCUACGGCUACCUGUCCCCACCCAAGUACCUGCAGUCCAGCUUCAUGAAUAACUCCUGGUCGCUCGGACAGCCGCCCACGCCGAUGUCCUACACUUCCUGUCAGGUGGCCAGCGCCAACGUGAGCCCGGUCAAGGGUCUGUCAGCCCCUGCUUCUUAUAACCCCUACUCCCGGGUGCAGAGCAUGGCGCUCCCCGGCAUGGUGAACUCUUACAACAGCAUGAGCCACCAUCAUCACCCGGCUCACCCCCACCACUCCCAGCAGCUGAGCCCGUCCACCGCCGCGCCUCCGCCGGUCUCGACCGGCAACGGAGCCGGCCUUCAGUUCGCUUGCUCCCGCCAGCCCGCGGAGCUUUCCAUGAUGCACUGCUCGUACUGGGAACAUGAGAGUAAACACUCGGCCUUACAUACGAGGAUUGAUAUUUAAAUGUGACCAAAAAAUUUUGUUUGGUUUUUUUUGAGGGGGAGGGGGCGUUGAGAGCGAAAAUGUUCCGGUCCAGGCAGCGAACACGUGAGCUGUAAACCAGGUGUAAAAGACAUCACCAGGACGCACCAGGUAGCACAAAUCGAGACAUUUCUAGUUGGACUGAUUGGACUUUGUAGAGAUUUCCACGCAGAGAAGAUUGUGUCCACUGUGACCAUGCGUAAUGGUUCCGCGCAACUUUACGCACGGCUUGACCAAAAAUACAACUUUCGAUUCUCAGCUUUUUAAUUCACUUGGACUGAGCCAGGCUGUCACGGUUGAGAAUUCCCACCACAACAUUUACAAAUCAGGGCUUUCAAUGUGUUUUGUGUUUUUCUGUUCACAUUAAGAGUGAUAUCAUUUCCAGUAAAGUAAAAUAAAACAGGGCCAGGUUUUGCAUAUCGUUUUUUUUUUUUUUUUAAUAAAAGUGAUAUAUUGUUACAUUCAUCUUGGGGCCAUGUUUAAUUUUAAUUAGCACUUUUAAAAAAUAUUUUCUAGUUUUGUGAAUUUCUUAAUAAACAAGUAUUUGCUAAAAUCCAUCAGUGGUCGUGAACGAAUCUAUUUAGCGGUGCACUGUUGCAGUGAAAGAUUUACAAAUGCAUUAGCAAUUCCCCAGAAAAAUAUUUUAUUAAUAUGUUAUUAAAUAUGUUAUUAAAUCAUGUUUUUUUACAUUUAUCGGUCACAUUUUAAAAGGCAUUAUCUUUCUUUGGAUAUGUCAGCAGAGAAUACCGAGACAAACACGAUUCAAUCUGUUUUUCCUCUAAAAUGUGCACGUGAAAAUGUUGCAGCAUCCCUGCCACAAUUAAUAUAUUUUCCUGUGUGAACCCAAAGGCACAUAAAUUCGAAAGAGGCAGAAAACGUUUGGUUUGGUUUCAUUUUAUUUGAACAUGCAUGAAGGUUACAACGGAAUACACCCCGUGAAUCAUCACAUAGGCGGUCAAAAUAUAAAUUCUAAUACCAUUGAGCGACAUUCGCAUGAUGUUUUUGUGUGAGCGAGGUCCAUCACAGACAACAGUCUGUACGUGUAGUCUAUUAUUUCCCGCUGGUGUGUUUUAAUACAAAUUAGGUUGGAGACACUGUAAAAAAAAAGGCUCCUCAGCCUCUUUAUAAAAUAUAGAUGAUUUAUUUGAAUGCAAGAAAUUUCAGCAGGCACG